AUGACUUUAGAAUUACCUCAUUUUCUUCAGAAUUUAAUUGUUGAGUAUGCAAUACAAAGAAACAUUAAUAGUGAGACUAAUGCUUAUAACACGAGUUUGACCAUUGCUCUUGUAUGUGAACGAUGGUUCAAACAUGUACAGCAAUUGACCACCAAUGUUAACCUCUUAAAAUGUCCUUUGAUCAACUGUCAAUUCAAAGUAGAUAAUCAGUACUCUUUGUUACAGUCAAAGAAUAUCAGCUCGUUGGAAUUUAACACCUUAAACCAAGCAGUCUUUACAAUGUUGGAGAGUGUAACAAUGAAUAUUAGUUCAUUUAUAAUACAUAUCGAGCAAGUAGGUCAUGAUAUCAAUCAAACACUGAAGCUAUUGACCGAGUUGGUUAAAUCAGAUCGAGUGGAAUUCCAUCUCUUUGUGAAUGUAGAACGUGGGAUUUUCUCUAUGGCCAAACCACCGAAUCGUGAACUCUACAAUAUCGCCACUGUCAACAUCCAAUGUGGUCAAGAAGUUAUUACUGAGGAAUAUCUUUGGGAGGAGGAAGGUCUCGCUUCGAUUGCCGCUGGAUGGCGACCAACUGACUACACCCUGAGAUUCAACAAAGGUGGACUUUCGACUCAUUUCGGAUACUCAUUAUUCCUUACUGUGAAUACACUGCGUACUGCUUUGAUUGAAACGGAUUUCGUUGAACUCUGCUAUGUUAAUUCUGCCCUUUCAGGUAACCACUUGGAGGAGUUGGAGUUUUCAUAUCUUUUCCACCACAUUUCGGGAGAGAAGCAUGGAAAUACCUAUAGAAACUCUUGUUUCCCAACGAUGGAUGCACCAUGGCACAAACUUCCUGAUACUCAACAGCAUUUCAAAGAGUUUUGUGGUCUGUUGGCAAAUAAUAGAAUACUCAGGGAUUUAACAAUACACAACUUUUGUAAACAACCACUUGGUGAAGAUCGAAUGGAUGAAAAUCAAUUGUUGGCCAAUCAAUUCGCAGAAGUAUUUGCUCAUAACAAUUACUUGACCAGUCUAUGUUUGGACAAUAUACAAUUGGUCAAUGAUGAAUUCUUUUAUUCAUUACAUAAUAAUCGUGGAUUGAAAAGCUUAAGACUUGAAAAUGGAACAAUCAAUAACGACAACUUGAUGACUUCAAUCGGGCUCAUGUUGAGUGAGAACAAACAUAUUUCUCAUCUAUCCAUCUCCAACAACCAAGCGUUAACAGAUUGUUCGGAAUUGGCAAAAGCAAUAACAAACAACAACACACUACGAUCACUCGAUAUUAGUUUUUGUAAAUUUAAGAAUUUAUUUUUACUCUUUGAAUCAAUUCUUAACAACAAAACACUUUACACACUCUCCAUUUCCUUUGAUAUGAAAACAUCAAUCGAAAACCAUCCAAUUCUUUUGAAACUUAUGAAUAGAUUUAAUCUUAAAACAAUCAACAAUUACAAUCUUAAACCUUCUUUAAUCAACUUGUCAAAGAUUUAA